GCUUCUACGGAAAAAAGGAAAGGAUUCGCCUUUAUCGGUAUUUUCAAAUGUCAAAAAUUAUUUUCUGGUUAUUAACAACUGAUAACUGUUAAUUUUUUAGUCCUUUGAACAAACAAAAUUGAAUUUAUUUGAAUAUUUCUGAAAAAAUCAAUAUGGCUGAACAACAAUUCGAUUGCGCUUUAGAUUUAAUGAGAAGAUUACCUCCUCAAGAAAUCGAGAAAAAUUUGAGUGAUUUAAUCGAUCUUGUUCCUAAUCUAUGCGAGGACUUGCUAUCAUCUGUUGAUCAACCUUUAAAAAUUGCUCAAGAUAGAGAAACAGGCAAAGACUAUUUACUUUGUGAUUAUAAUAGAGAUGGCGACUCAUAUAGAUCGCCUUGGUCAAACACUUACUAUCCACCCUUAGAAGAUGGUUCCAUGCCUUCAGAACGUUUACGUAAAUUGGAGCUUGACGCAAAUUAUGCAUUUGAUCAAUACAGAGAAAUGUAUUUCGAAGGAGGUGUCUCAUCUGUAUAUUUUUGGGAUUUAGAGCAUGGAUUUGCAGGUGUAAUUUUAGUAAAGAAAACAGGAGAUGGUAGUAAAAAAAUAAAAGGUUGUUGGGAUUCGAUUCAUGUUGUUGAAGUUCAAGAGAAGAGUUCAGGCCGAAUGUCUCAUUAUAAAAUGACAUCUACAGCAAUGCUUUGGCUACAAACCAACAAACAAGGGUCAGGCACUAUGAAUCUUGGUGGAAGUCUUACUAGACAGACUGAACAGGAUGGACAAGUUAACGAAGCAAAUCCUCAUCUUGUGAAUAUAGGACGUAUGGUUGAGGAUAUGGAAAAUAAAAUCAGGAAUACUCUUAACGAAAUUUACUUCAGCAAAACUAAAGACAUUGUCAAUAGUUUACGUUCAGUCCAACCCAUUUGUGAAACAAAACAACAGCAAGCAUUGAAGCAGGACUUAGCUGCUGCAUUACAGAGGAGACACACAAAAGUAGAAAAUUAAGGAGAAAAUACUUUGCUUACUAACUAUACAUUGAAGUUAAUAUAAAAACUGAGGAAUGCUCCGUUAUGAAUAAUAAUUUAUUCUUUGCUUACUCGAACUGAGUUGGGAAAUUGAAGACAAGAAUUUUUCGAGUGCAUUCAUUCAUAAUAUUUAUAAACAAAUUUUGUUCCAUUACUCUGCAUUUUUUAUACUGUCAUGUUUUAUUUGCUUAUCUUUACGCUGUUGUUAUCUAUUUAGGCUCGAUGUACAAUAAUUUGGCUUAACAUUAUGAGGUUAUGGUUUUUGUACUACUUUUCCACAUUAUAUAUAGUUUUUAUUAAACUGUGGUACUCCUAAAAUUUUUGUAUUGUUGGACGAUAAUACUUUUCAUUACGUAUCUAUCAGUAUUUAUACAUAUAAAUUUUAUUUAUUUUCUUUGAAUUGGUCUUUUCAAAGUGCCAAAAGUGUAUGUUAUCUAUAUCUAAUGUAAUAUUAGUGUAUGCACUCUCA